AUGGAGUCGUCACCGCUUCCUCUUGUGAAGGCCUUCCUACCAAAAGUGCCACUCAUUGGAAGAACAGCAGUAUCUCACACUUUGGGUUUCUCGGAGCAUUCGAAACACUGGGACUUGCGAACAGAGUUGAUCGUCAAUGUCCUUCGAUCCUUCAUUGUCGAUUCGCCUCCGGUUUCUGUUUCUAGAACCCAACGCCUGUCCUUGAGAGACCCGGGAGUCAAAGGAAGAAUAUGGAUCAGCAGAUUCACAAUACCGAAACCAGAGGAAGACGAUAUCAGACAAGCAUUAUUCGAGGCAAUCGAAGAAUGCAAGGAGCCUGGAAGUUUGCCUAAAGGCUACCAGGAGCCGGAGACGGUCCCAGUCGAAGCGGAAUGGACUGGAUACCGAGCAGGAGCUACAAAACAGUCGGCUGAGCUCAAGAUCAGCGAAGAGCAGAAAUAUAAGGAGAUGAUGAGAGAGGUCACGGCCCCGACGACUAUCCUUUACUUCCAUGGGGGAGCAUACUAUUUGAUGGAUCCAGCUUCCCAUAGACCUACCUGCAAGAAGCUUGCUAGACUUACGCAGGGUCGAUGCUUCAGCGUCCGCUACAGACUCGCACCUCAGAACCCAUUCCCAGCAGCUCUAUUAGACGCUCUCGUCUCCUAUUUCUCUCUCCUUUACCCACCUCCAGGCUCUUUUCAUGAGGCCGUAGAACCGCAGCACAUUGUUUUCAGUGGCGACAGCGCUGGUGGCAAUCUCUGCCUUGUCCUUGUCCAAACACUUCUCAUUCUCCGUCGUCAAGGCCGCAAAAUCCACUGGAACGGACAAGAGCGUGAAGUCCCACUACCAGCAGCGGUAGCAGUCUGCAGCCCUUGGCUGGACAUCACUCACUCUUCUCCGUCCUGCGAUACAAACGGACGAUACGACUAUCUCCCACCAUCCACCAAGAACCCCGAAGGAAUGGAAUACCCGCCCUGCAAAAUCUGGCCCGCGAGUCCUCCCAGGAAGAAUCUCUACGCCGAUGACGGACUUCUAUGCCAUCCACUAGUAUCGCCAAUAACAGCAAAGAGCUGGGAGGGAAGCUGUCCCCUUUACAUUGAGACUGGCGAAGAGCUUCUCACAGACGAAGACCAAUACGUCGCAAUGAAAGCAGCAUCUCAAAAUGUACCAGUGGUAUACGAACAAUACGAGACUAUGCCACAUUGCUUCGCGAUGGUUGUGUCAGAUUUGCCUGCCGCGAAGAAAUUCUUCAAUAAUUGGGCGGCGUUCAUCACUCAAGCGGUCGAGCAUCCCGAGGAAAUCAAGACGAAGGGGACCAUUAUUGCGCCAAAGACUUUAAAUGAAAGGGGAGUGGAAGUGGCGUCCUUGAGCACGUUUAAGGAGGAUGAGAUACUAGCUAGAAUGAAUGAGCGAGUGAGGAAUUUCAAUCCUAAGCAGCCCGACUCUAUGUCGAAGCUGUGA